AACGUGGUUACCCCGGUCCUGCUUGGCCGCUGAUUCUCAGUUGGUCCACCGGAGACGAGGCGACCUUGGGGACGCUGUCAUGGAUUUGACUCGGUUCGCCGUGGAUGCUGGUCAGUUCAUCAACCGCGCUGUUCAGUACACUGGAGAGAGUCUAGGACAGGCCGAGAGGACUGAGUUGGACCCCGGACUGGAGGAGCUUUUAUCACGGGCAGACGCCACCAAGACGUGGACGGACCAGAUAAUCUCCCAGACUGAGGCUUUACUGCAGCCAAGCCUCGGAGUGCGGUUAGAGGACCGGCUGUAUCAGCAUCUGGAGUGGAACGUCCCACCCCGGCCUCGUGCCGUUGAGUUACUGGGAGAUCACAUGACUCAGGCUGGGUUGGAAAUUGGAUCAAACACACCUUAUGGUACUGCAUUGAUAAGGUGUGGAGAGGCUCAGAAGCAGCUCGGUGAGGCAGAGAGGAAGUUUGUCCAAAGCACUAACAUUCACUUUCUCACUCCCCUGCGGAGUUUCACUGAGGGGGAAUACAAAGCCAUACAGAAUGAACGCAAGAUGUUGGUGAAUAAACGUUUGGACUUGGAUAUCACUAAAGCCAGGCUGAGAAAAGCCCAUGAGGCUGACCAAGAGGCCAGAAACCUGAAUGCCAACCCACUGGAAGACGACUACUUGUCUCAUGUCUCCUACAUGUUCAGCUUCCUGCGUGUUAAAUGGCUAAAGAUCUGGGCUCAGGAAAUCUCUCAGGCAGAGGUGGAGCUGAGGAUUUGUCAGAGUCUUUUCAAUCGACAGUCAGAAAUCACAAGAGCUGUUGUGGAAGGAUUCAGCAACACACAUACCAACCAUAUGCGGAGCCUCACUGACUUUGUGGAUGCUCAAGCUAGCUACUUUUCUCAGUGCAACCAACAUGCUCAGGAGCUGCAAAAACAGCUGGUCAGCAUUCCAGCUGUCUUCUGUUCCAAUAACUGGCAGUCUGCAAUUAGCAAUCCCGUUAGUCAGCCAUCAACAAGCAACCACGAGGCGAAUGAACCCAUCAGUCCAAAUCACGUUACUCCGCUACCUGUGCUCGUCCAUCAGCUUCCAGAUUUCGACCAGGACUCGUGGACUUUAAACUCACCACCCACAGCAGAUUCAUCUUUCAGUGCACUGCUGACUCACCAGACAAAUAACAACAACAAUAACAACAUCAUCAUCUCCACCACCAGACAAACACCCAGCAAUCAUUCACCAAUCAACAGCCAGUCAACUACCGUUCAAGCGAUUGAUCAUGUCUCUGCACCAAACCAAACGGAUCAGCUCCAAGCACCCAGCAGGACGGCCAGGAUGUCUGAUGCUUCUCCUGCUUCUACCCAGGUACUAACAUUCAAUACAACAGCUUCAAUAGCAGCAACAGCAGCCUCCCUGCCUUUACAACCCAGUGCAACCUGUAGCAUCAAUGAAGGAGAUGUCCAGGAGUCUUCGUCAGGCCAUCAGGAUGUGGGUUAGUAGAGACAGUAGGUUGGGAACAUGGCAUCAGCCCAGAGUAUUUCAGCUUUGACUUUAGGAAUAUACACAGUGAUUAUAUCAUGUUCCAGUUUAAUUAAUCCCUUAGGGAUUAUAAUGUGAAGUUGUUGAAGUUGCUUAUUUUUUAAAAGCGUAAUAUAGUGCCACAAUAAUUUUAGACUUGAGCUUUAUCCAUGUUUUAUCCAUGCUGUGUAAAAAUGAUGAUGGUAGAUGUAAAGUCUGCUCUGUGUGUAACAUUUCCUGGUUUCAGGCUGGAAGACGAAGCUAACAGACUGUUAUCAUUUUGCAGUGUAAAGUUGUUUUCAGUUAGUGUCUGUGAAACUGAUCUUUUUUUUACGUUCUGGUCAGUGAGAACUAAUCAAGCUCUGUGCCAAGUGUACGUGUUGGUGUGAAUACAUGAAUUUUACUGUGUCUCAGUGACCCGUGUGAACUGGUGGUAAUACUUUGGCCCAAACAUGUGACACCUUUAGAAAGAAGUAUAUGUGCAUAUAUGUGACUGCCACCUCCUCACUCGUGUUUGUUAAACAUGAGGUCAUUUUCCAUACGAUACAGACUUUCACUUCUGUCUGUGCGCAUUUGUAUUGGGGAACCCAGAGGUGACUGGACCUUUGUGCUUCUUCAUACGCGUGCUGGGUGUUUCCCAUGCAUACACUCAUUUUUCACCCUUUACCUUCUUAAAGCCCCCAUUUGGUCAAAUGGGUGGAAGUUUCCACGUCCAGAUGUUGUUCAUUUUCUUCAUGAGGGCAGACCUGCCUAACGCGGGUCUACUCUGGAGGGACUCUGGAUGGAAACAAAUAUUAAUGUAGCACUGGCUGUACUGAAAUAAUUGCCUACAAGCUCAAUGCUUUUGUCCCAGUAUGUAAAGAUGUGUGUGGGUUUGUGUAGUCUGAGUGUUCAUAUCAGAGCUGCUGCCAGUUUCAAACUACACGCACGCAGUCAUGAUUCAGCGACGAGUCGUUGAGCUGACGUCAGUGCGGGUCUGAGUUUGUGCUUGAUUCAUGUGAAGAUGUGGAAAUAAAUAUGCAAACAGUGAUGUCAUGCCGGUCUAAAUCAAGUGUGGCGUCUAUCUUUGUUCUCCAGUCAAGGUGUUUCUGUAAUUUCCUUGUUAAAACCACAGUUCAUAUAGCUCACUUUCCCAUCGUACCAGCCAUCUGUCUUAGAUUUACACGCAGUGACAAUUAUUUUCAGACUGAGGUCUUGAUCAAGCCUCCAAAAAAUUCUGUUUGUUUCACAUCUGACCAACUGCCAAGCUUGCAGUUAAGCUGGAUUCGCUUCACUUUUUUUUUUUUUACACAAGAGUGAGAUCUCCUUUUGUUUUACAUGAAUCACAACCUUUCAACACAUGCACACAAGCUGAAAUAGUUACCCAGAAUUGCUGACAAAAGCAUGCAUAUGUGUGUCUGGUUUUCACUCCCACUUUACCUUUUUCCUGUCUAAUCUGUCCAAACAGAUUAGAUCAAUCAAGAGCAGUUGGUGUGAUACUGAUCGAAGCAGAGCCUGGGGUUCAUUAACACUAUAAACAGUUAUAUCUUACCUCUCUGUAUCAGUUCUGUAUCUUUACAGGGGCUAAGGUGCAGCCAUGAAUGCAGAUUCAGUUCUUGCUAUUUUUUUCCCUACAACUCAGCAAGGAAAAAUAAAUCUGUCCCUAAAUGUUCAUGAGCGUUCUUCCUCUGCGCCGACAAAACAAGUCCCUGUCACAAUUCCAGCAUAUUUUUAUAUUUCCGGUUCGCACUUUGUCCUUGAGCAGAUCUCUCCUAAGUCUUGGUAUGAUCCUUUUGUUUGAUACAGGAAGGAAAGGGACGCUUUGUUCACGAUGAGUGAGUUGGGAAAACGGAUAAAGGAAAUUGGGAUUUUUUUUUACCUAAUUUGGUUUCUUCUGAUGCACUACCUGAGGAGCACAUGUUACAGUGUUUUUAUUUAGAUAACUACACCUUCAGGUGAACUACAAAACAUGACAUGUUGUACAGCCAUUAUUUAUCUAACAAAAAUUAAGCCAAAAUGCAGAAGCAGUGUGUGGAGAAACUAAGUACAGUCUUACACCUAAACAGCAGCCAGGUGCUGUUAAUAAAAUGCACUUGAUUACUGAUCAUUGGCUGCUCUAGAAAGCAGAUGUUUUGGCAGCUUGCAGGUCUGCAACAUUAAGGUCUGUGUCAAUACAGUGCCCUGAGGAAAGACAUGAGCAGUGAUCUUAGACAAUUUUUCCCUGCUAUUCUGGAAGAGUUAAUAAAGCUAUUUGAAAACUA